AUGUUCUGCUGUGCUAUCAAUCACAUCACUGUUUGCAACAACCUCUCUAUUGUGAUUUUUUACUUUGGCAAAGACGGAUCCUUGAUGCCUGGCGACGACCCUCUCAACCUUGUCAUCACACUGGAUGUGUGCAAUGUGUAUGACCGCUAUGUUCGGCCGAAGGAAGAAGCUGCGCAACGUGUUGCACCAGUGCCUUCCAAGCCCAAUGAGACGGAUGUGGAUGCAAUGACAGUUGAUGAGGACUCGGUCGAGGGUGCCCCUCUCAUGUUGAGUAAUGACAACCCUAGUGCACCUACGACAAUGAAGAACGGCCAGUCAGCCAAAUCCAAGAAGCAGCAUGGCAAGCACUCACAUUGCAACUGUGCUAAAUGUCCAACGUACGCUGUGAUGAACACCGCUCAUCGUGAGAACAUUUGUGCAACGUUCAUGUACCGCAAGCAGGAGGAAGUGAAUUGGCGUGAUGCUCGCUGUGAAGCUUCGCAUGCUGAACGUCACAGGAAGGUCCAUGGAGGAGACAAUGAUAGUGGAGGAAGGAAGAAGAUCAAGAAGUCAAAAACAAUGAUGGAGGGCACCACAGUGCAGGAGAGCAAGGUUGCUGGGCCAAAUACCGCGGGCGAUGAGGGGAAACCCAAGUCUGAGAAGAAGAAGAUGAAGAAGAUGAAGGCAGACAAGUUGGGAUCAUCUGCUGGCGUGGAUACAAUGGACGUAGCUUGA